AUGAGCGUGCGGCGCGUCCCGCCGCCCUCCCCGCCGCCCGCCGCCGCGCCCUCCCCGUACCUGCACAGCCUGCCCGCCUGGGUGCUCGAGGACCUGUGCCGCAAGAUGGACUGUCUCAGCGACCCCGACUGGAUGCGCUUCGCCUCCUACGUGAUCACCGACCAGACGGAGCUGCGGAAGAUCAAGUGCGUGGAGCGGACGGGGCUGAGCGUGACGCGGGAGCUGCUCUGGUGGUGGGGCGUGCGCCUGGCCACGGUGCAGCAGCUGCUGGAGCUGCUGCAGGCGCUGCAGCUCUACCGCGCCGCCCAGGUCAUCCUGGACUGGAAAUCAGCCUGUAAUGUCACCAAUUCUGAAAGAAAGGAGCCAGCAGAGCUGCCUAAUGAGGAGAAUAUGUCUUUAACUGCCCCGGAAAAUAGAGAUGAGAAGAGCGCGGAGGAGCCGGGCCCGCUGCCCGCACCGGACCGCUCCGCAGCAGGCAGCGCUGCGGCUGCAGGGGCGCUGUGUUCGCUCCCUUUACCGCCCGCUCCCCCAAGAGACCUCCUGCAGUCCUUGCAGCUGGAGCCUCCUGUCUCAUCAAGCGUGAAGCCCUGCAACUCUGCCACUCCUCAGCAGGAGACGAGGACUGAUCUCCCGAGCGGGAGUCUCUUGUGGACCCAGAGGGAAGUUGCUAAAGCCACAGACGGUUUCAGUGUCGAAAGCAGGAUUUGUGAAGGUGCUUUUGCCGAUGUCUACAAAGGUCAGAGGCACAACAGAGUCUACAUCAUCAAGAGGCUCAAAGAGAUGGAAUGCACGAGCCCCAUCUCAACGCAGAGGUUCUUUCACACGGAAGUGCAGAUCUGUUUUCGGUGUUGCCAUGUUAACAUUUUGCAACUGCUGGGCUUCUCGGUAGAGACUGGAUUACACUGCCUCAUAUAUCCAUACCUGCCCAAUGGAUCACUACAAAACAAACUUAGUUGUCAGGAUGAUUCAGCUCCGCUGCCCUGGGAGAGGCGUGCUAGCAUUUCCGUGGGACUAAUCCGAGCYGUACAGUAUCUACAUAAUUUUGGAAUCCUCCAUGGUAAUAUCAAAAGCUCAAAUGUCUUGUUGGAUGAAAACUUUACACCAAAGCUUGGACAUUCAGGUCUGCGACUGUACUCUGUUGAUAAGAAAUCGGAGUAUGCUGUGAUGAAAACCAAAGUCCUACAAACUUCUCUUACUUAUCUGCCAGAAGAUUUUAUCAGGCAUGGGCAGUUAACGGAAAAAGUUGAUAUAUUUAGUUGUGGUGUGGUCUUAGCAGAGAUAUUGACAGGGAUUAAGGCAUUAGAUGAAGGAAGACACCCAAUUUAUUUGAAAGAUAUGAUUGCUGAUGAAAUUCAAUCAGUGAAAGAAAACUCAUGCUCCAAGGCCAAAAAUUUUGAAAAGCUAGCUGCCAAGGAAAUAUGCCGCAAAUACCUAGACAAGAAAGCAGGACACUUGCCGGAAGAGAUUGCUGUUGAUUUUGCACUGGCCAUCUGCUUUUGUCUGAGAAAGAAGAAUUCUAAUAUAGCAGAAGUGCUUGAAAUUAUGGAAAUGGUUGAAAAUAAGCUAAGAAAGCAUAAUGUUUGUGGAGACGGUGCUUCUGGAUUUUCCACAAACACUCCGGAAGAAACRGAUGAUGAGACAAUCAGCCUCAACGUGGUCAGUUCUUCUUCCCAGGAGAAUAAAGAGGAUGGCACACAGAGGAAGCCUGGGACAGGGGCCGGUCCACGCGCACCUCUAGCUGCAGUUGUGUCACCCGACAUUUACUGUGGCCAGAUGGCGAGGGUCCCUUGUGAAUCAGAUGAAUCGAGCAGCUUCCUAUGGAAUUCUGCAGAAGGGUUUCCAGAUGAGCUACCCAGCAGCAGCUGUUACAAUUCAGAAAAUACCACAACCUCUGAGUACGGAAAAAAGGAGGAAAGACCAGUGAGUGAACUCCAGGCCAGAAACGAAGUGUCCAUCGAAAGCGAUGAGAACUUGGAAAUGGUGUCAGCUGCACAGAGCACCUUUCAACAAGCAAACACAGACCUUGGCGCCUCAUGUUCCUCCCAAGCAUUACCUGGAGAGACAUCUUGGAAAAUAAAGAUAAAUGAUCAAAAGAAGAAGCUCAUGGAAAAUAUUUUACUAUAUGAAGAAGACAAAUUAAGCAGUUCUGAACUUUUUGAAUCUUAAAUUGGAUGGAUUUAUUAACAGUGGCCAGCUCAGAAGAAGAAAUAAAGACUAAUUAGAAAGAUGGUAAAAAUAUACCUUUCAUAUAAGGUUAAGUAGCAGAUUUUGACCAGAAAUAUUAAUAUUCUCUGAAGAAAAUGAAAGUGAUCACAUUUGAGAUGAAUCAGAAAAUAUCUGCUCUAAGAAAACAAAACAAAAAAGUGACAAAUAUACAUUAACAAAAUGGAACUCUAUAAAURCCUUCUUUCUUCUCAUCUACAGUUUAAGCAACAUAUGACAAAUUCCAACAGCUACCAACAGCAGUGACUAUCAUAAUGAUAUUCAAGGUUCUUUUGCAAUGCGUUUGAGAAAGCAUCUGCAUAUAAUGCAUCUCUUAUUUAAAAUCACAGUCCCAGAAGCUAUAGAGCAGGCAGUGAGCAGCAGCUAUCUAGCAGUACUCUUUAUUACUAUCGUGUUGUACACCAUCUCUGAAGAGAUUGAGGGGGUUUCAAUUUCCGAAAGAAAUAUUUUGCAUAUUCUUCUUCCACAUGCUUGGAAAAUACUCUCUACCGGAGAAAGCAUUUUUACGCAAGUUCUCAGAUGAAUUCCAUUUGACUCUUCUUCAACAUGAAUUGCACUGAAAAUUGUUUUAAGUGAAUAAUUUAAGCCAUGUUAGUCUGCUCUAUGUCCUGCUUUACUAACUCUAUGUAUAUUACUAACUCUUCCUUAAGUCUAACUUCCAAGUUUCACUGUCAACAGCUUUAAAACAGUGUUUAGUACUUUGUAAGGAUAUUUUUGGAAGUUAAUUUCUGUGUUCUUUACAUGUAGCUAAGGUCUCCUGGUAACUCCUAUAUAUUUUGGAUUAGGAACAAGUUUUUAAUUUAAAAACUACUUUCUUUCUCAUGGGUCAUUUGAAUUUGAUUUGUUAAAUUUCUUUUGGUAACGGAUAAAUCAGUCAGUGAAAGAUAAGCUAGUAAAUGGACCUGUUUGCAGAGCCCCACUCACUGAGUGUUCCUUGAGACAGAGUUUUUGUGUGUCUUGUGGCUUGCCAGCAACAGGAGAAGCCCKGGGGUCACCUCCAUGAUCACUCUGAAAAGAAAAAAAACAGUGUCUUGUGUGCUGUCCUAUUUAUUAUCAAGUGAAAAUCCUUCAAAAAGGGAGUGUAACUUUUAUUGUUAUGAAUAUUUAUUAUUUGUUUUAUUGUUUGCAUUUUCCACUCUCAUGUGGUCAAAUGAAAUACAGGUUUAUGAUGAGCAAAAAAAAAAGAAAUGUAGCUCAGCACACCAAUGCCUCAUUAGCAUGGGUAAUGAGACCCACUGUAUGGAAAUGGACAAAAUUCCCACCAAAGCUCAUAGAAUAUCUGAAAAGGCCUGCAAAUUUAUAUGUAUUUCUUCUCACAAGGAUUCUGCAGUGGUAUAACUUUCCAGGCUUUACAUUAAGAUUGCAGAGUAUGGCCCCAUAGCUUCUAUAUUUGUGUAGUACAUAGUUUAUUGGGGAUAGUAUUAUGCACAGAUAAGAGUAUUUUAACGUAAGAUCUGAGUAUUAUAAUAAUGUACGCAUUUAUCAAGUUUUUUUACACUAAAAACUAAUAGAAUUACUUAAAUAUAAGUGCCUUGCAUAUUGUUGAUCUGUUGAUAUAUUUUCUAGUGACAGCUAGUUUUAUUAGAUACAAAAAAAAAACAGCACUGACAUAAAGACCAUUAAGAGUAUAAUCAAAUUAUCAAAAAAAAAAUUUUU